AUGUUUCGCCCAGACCUCCUCAUCGAUUACGUCAUCGACGGCGCCGCUUACGAAGCGCUAUCCGACAUCUUUUUCGGGAAGAGGUCCUUCACGAAGGUUCAGGACUUUUUCCUCGAGGGUCUGGAAGGAGGGUCGCCAAAUGUGUCCUCCAUUGGCGGAUCCGGCGGCGUGCUGACACGCCUCAGCGGCAUCGAGGCCCGGUCGUUCUCCCAAGGCCGGACCGUCUGCGCAAGGGUCCAAGAAGAGUAUAAGAGGGACGGGUUUGACGGUCUCGGCAAUCCUCAAGGCUUCGAUCCUGAAGUUGCUCCCACCAACAACCCUCAGGAGGUCGCGGGCAUCACCGACUGCCCAGCAGAGAUAAACUCCGCCGAUCGUUGGCAGCCAAUAUGCGUCCCGGUGGAUUUCGGUUCAGACGCGUGUCAGCCUCAAACUUACUUGGGGCCUGGUGCACAUCUGAUGCACACGUAUGGCAUUCCCGACGGCGACGCAAUCAGGCCACCCGGUCCGCCGCUCCUGGAGGGAGGAGAUGAGCAGGAGUGGAGACGCCAGGCUCGCGAAGUGCUUGAAUUCUCUGCAGAUCUGAAUGACUCCAACAAGGUUGUCGCGGAACACUGGGCAGACGGCCCUGACACCACCCUUCCUCCCGGACAUUUGUUCUACAUUGCGGUUGGAGCGGCAGAGAAGCAGGGCCUGGAUGUCUUCGCGUCCGCCCAGCUGCUCUUCCUCGUGGGCGCGGCCCUCAACGACGCCGGCGUGGCCGCUUGGGCCUCCAAGCUCCGCUUCGACUACACGCGCCCGCUGCAGAUGAUCCAGUGCGGAUUCGCAGGCGAGGCAGUGGAGGCCUGGGUGGGCCCGUACGCCGGCGUGGGAACCAUCGAUGCGUCGACGUGGCAGCCGUACCAGGCCCGCACCUUCGUGACGCCGCCGUUUCCGGCUUACGUCAGCGGCCAUUCCGCGUUCAGCGCUGCCGCAGCUGCGGCAAUGAUUGACUACUUUGGGACUAAUGAGUACCUGGCGCCAAAGUGCAUCAGGUACGAGGAGGGCAGCAGUCUAUUUGAAGGGAGGAUAAAUCCUGGGGAGAAUAACCAUAUCGCUGGCAUGACGGACGUGCCCAAUCAAGGACCUCGCACAACAGCUGCCAUCGUUGUGACCAGAAUCCUAAAGCGGAGCUUCUACGAUUUCGGCGAACAGAUUCCUGCCGACCAAAGUAUCGGCCAGGUCUUCCGGAACCCGCAGAUGCCUUUGGGGCCUGCUUGA